AUUGAUGGACAAUUCAUCGCUAAGUCAAUGGUUUUCAAGAACGGAAGAAGGUGUGUUCUACUCGAAUGAAAACAAUUCCAACGACGAUUUCACCACUCAAAAAUCUACAAUCUCUGAAGAUCAAGAGACUAGUGAACUGUCUAUUACUCCAGAUAGUACUCGUGCUAAUUCACGUUCUUAUUUUCAUCAAGAAAUUAGCAAAAGUAAAUCGAAAAUCACCCCUAUGGAAAAUUUCCCAGUUGGUUCAAAGAGACCUGCAAUUGAUGAUCAUCAUCAACCCAAAUUGAAUAAGAUCUCUUCAUCUUCACAUCGUUUUCUUUCUUUUAAUAAUAAUAAUAUGGAUUCAGUAUUUCCUAGUCAUCAAGGAUGUAAAAUAGAAGCUGUGGAUGAGAUGUAUUUGUGUGAUUCAUCAGAUCAGAUGUUUUUUCCAUAUGUGAAAUCAAACGGUUGUUACGAUGUGAAGGAUAAAAAAAGGGGAAAAAGAAUUCCUUCAGUCGAUUUACAACAUCAUAUUAUUGCUGAGAGGAAGCGCAGAGAGAAACUUAGCCAGAGGUUUGUGGCACUUUCAGCAAUUCUUCCAGGGCUAAAAAAGGUGGACAAAGCUUCAAUUCUUGAGCAAGCAAUCAAACACGUGAAAGAGCUUAAAGAAAAAGUGCAACUAUUGGAAGAAGAGAAAAGGAGUGGACCGUCCAAGCAGAAAUCAGUUAUGUUUGUGAAUAAAUCUAAGCUGGAAAUGGAAGAUUCAUCUGAAGAAAACAAUAAUAAUGGCAGCGAUUUACGGGCAGAAGAUAUUGAAGUAAGAUUCUCAGAUAAUAAUGUAUUGAUCAGAAUUACGUGUGCGCGGCGCAACGCCUUUGUGCUGAAUAUCCAUAACGAAAUAGAGAAGCUUCAUCUUACCAUUCUUCAAAGCUGUAUGAUGCCAUUUGGGAAGCAAUCAAUUGAUAUCACACUAGUAGCUCAGAUGGAGGAAAGUUUCUGCAUGACACUAAAGGAUUUGGCGAAGCAUGUCCGAAUGGUCACUGGGAGGUUGAUGACCCAAGCUUAGCACUUUCUCUGAGGAAGUUGUAAAA